GCGGCACCGGAAGAAGAAAAAAAUCAGCUGUGCAAAAAUGUUUUUGGUGAUGAUGGGGACUUCGAAAUAGUAAUUGUAUGGAGUUCCCACACUUCAUGCAGUGCUGCUUAGCAACAUAUUUUACCUGACUACCAAAUAUUUUACUCUUAGUAGCAAACUAUUUGGUGGCUAGCUAAGAAUAACACAAUUCUGAGCUUUACAAUUAGUGCUAGUCUAGCUGCCUUGUUAUGCUAGUAGCUGACAAAGCUAGAACUACGUUAUUCUCUGCGAUCGUACAGCCAAAGCAAAGCCUGCAAAUAAGAACAUGAGUCGCUUCUGCUCCAACAACAACUUUCCAUAUGACAACAACAUCCUAGUUUUGGACAUGGUGCUGGGUUCUCUCUGGGGAGUGCCACAGCCUAUCAACUGGGAUAAUGUGGCCAAACUUGUCCCUGGCUUCACUCCAAAAGAGUGUGCAAGAAGAUUUGAGGAACUAAAGAAUACAGGGGAAUUCCCCCAUGCAGAUGACCAAUGCAAUGGGCUGACAGCAGGAGGCUCCUCCCCUUCAGACACCCUUCCCACAUACAUUAAGUCCUCCCUAUCGGAUACAGAAGAAGUUGAGGAGACUGGCACCAAUCAAAGUACUGGCCUAGUAACAGGUUUGAAAGUGAUCUCCUCAGGAAGGAGUGUGGCCGUGGAGAAAGCGAGGCGGGCCUCAGGUGAGGAAGAGGAGUUACCCCAGGAGGAGCGAGGACCCAACAUGGUAAUCCAUGUGUGUGAUGAGGCCAAAAAUCUGAAGCAGGACUUUGUGUGUCCCCGAGACCUUCUGGUGAACGAGAUGCGCUACUUUGCCGAGUACCUGUCAGUGGACGCCCAGCGCUGGGAGGAGGUGGACAUCUCGGUGCACUGUGACGUACAGAUCUUCGACUGGCUCAUGAACUACGUGAAGAGGUCAGCCGACUGCAACAAAGAGAAACCCAGACUUGAGCCCAGCAAUGUGAUCUCAAUCCUGAUCUCCUCCGAAUUCUUGAAGAUGGACACGUUAGUGGAGGAAUGCAUACAGUAUUGCCACAAGCACAUGACCGCCAUCGUGGCCACGCCCUGUAACAUGAACUGCAUCAACAGCAAUCUCGCGGCACGCAUCGCUGACCUCUUUGACCACAACGAGGCGGACGAAAUCAAAGACAAAAAAGACAAAUUCAAAAGCAAACUGUUUCAGAAGAAAAUUGAGCGUCUUUUCGAGGUCAACUACAAGAACAAAGAUUCCCCGGGGAAUGCAGCAACUCUGUACAGGUGUGGUCUGUGCCUGAAGCUGCUGACCAAAGACACAGAGCGACGGGUCCCUUGCAUCCCAGGGAAAAUCAACGUCGACCUGCUCGGAAACAUUGCAUACACUCACACCAGGCAGAAGAGCUGGGAGGUGCAUGAGUAUGCGAGUGGUUUAUAUGAAGAGCUGAAGUCCUGGGUGUUGGUCUACUGGAGGAUCUGGGGCACUGUAAACCAUUUAACCUGCUCCUGUUGCCAACAGGCCUUUGUGUGUGCUGAGCUGUCCCACUGCAGGUACCAUCCUGAGAGUGUCGUGUACUCAAGUAGGGGCUCGGAGCAAGGCUGGCAUGGGACUGGUAUGUACCCCUGCUGCAACCAGAGAGUGCUUCGCUUUGAUCCCACCGGUAUGCCCAAGGGCUGUCAGAUGAGGGACCAUAUCGUGAGUGCGUCCGACAAUGGAGACUGUGGAGACCAGCAGUCUGACUCUGAACAGACGAGACUGCUGAAUGACCUGCUACUGCAUCGAGACGCAGUGUGUGUGCUACACACACAACCACCGGAAGGGCAUGUGGAGUCCCCCACCAGUGCAGAGCGGGUGCUGGACUGUGAUAUCCUGCUGGAGCCAGGGCUUCUGGGACCUCUGAGAGGAGAGUGUAGUGCCUUUUCACUGUUGAAGAACUGGAGUCUGCAACUGAGACAGCAGUCCCUGUUUUCAGAGGACGAGGAGUACACCACAGGGUCAGAGGUCACUGAGGACGAGGUCGGGGAUGAGGAAGAGGUGUCAAAGAAACAAGCUGCUAAGAAGGCAAAGAAGUCCAGCAAACCUAUGAAAAGGCAGAUGUCUUCACCCAAUUUUCAACGUAAAGAGAAAGCAGCUGAGAAAAACCCCUCACGGGACAGCACCCCUUUCACAGUGAGUGCUCAGAAGAGUAAAUGGGACAGUGCUCGCUCCAUGCGCUACAACCAAGACGCCCAGAGAGAGGAAGACCAGCGGCGAAUGGUGGAGAUUAUUGGACACCUGACUAAGAUGAGGUUUGGGGACCAGGAGCAGAGCAAGGCCAAGGACACAAAGGAGCACGCCGGGGGAAUAUAUUCUCGUCUGGAGGCCCAGUUCAGGAGCUCCUCCCAGACCGGCAGUCGACAGAGUGGAUCGGACAAAACCCUCAGAACAAAGGCCCGCUUUGCUCAGGUGCGGCCCACAUAGACGGAAGGACACCCAUGGAAAGGAAGAGGAGGAGAAAGAUGGGCAGAUCCUCACCCUGAAAAUGAAGCGUAAGAUCCCCCAAAAUCGUGAUCCUAGAAAGAGCCCCUCCUUCCUAACUCGCUCCACUCUGCCCUCGUUAAGAACGGCUCCUGCUUGGGUCCCACUUCAGUGCUAGUGGUUUAGCUUUGCCAUAGGACUGCGGCCCACCUCUAGAGCAGUCCAGCCCCCAUCAGCCUGAUUGACCACCACUAGGAGACCGCCUGUCACCACGUUUCCUCUCGCUUGUCAAACUGUAUGCCAAUGCAAUACAUCAGCGGUCUCAAACCCUGCUCCUAGGUAGGCACAGAGUGUACAGGCUUUUAUUCCUGCCCCGCACCAACACCCCUUCGUGUCAAUCUACAUUCAAUUAGUAACAGUCUAAUUUCACUUGUAGUCAACUUAUGUUUGUGAUGGACUAAACCUAAGUACUGUCUGCUGUAGGUGUAUUUGGACCAGGGUUGGUGACCUCCUGAACAAAGUUCAUCCUGCUCAACCUGCGUAGACUAACCUUAGAAUCUUCCAUAGAUAAAAAAGUAGGUGGUUGCCACUAGACAUAUGGUCAAUAGAAUUCUUGUUGCUAUUUCUGUGUACCAAAUGGAUAAACCAUAACACUCUGGGACCAAGAUAACAUGAAUGAACUGUGACUGCUCCAAAAUAAAAUGACAAAUAGCAAC